AUGGGCCAAAAUCAGUCUCAAAUUUUUGAGGAUUUAAUUUCCAACUCUACGUUUACAAACGAGGAAAUUGCUAGAAUUCGAAAGCGCUUCAAGAAGAUAGAUGCCAACCAUUCCGGUUCAAUUGACAGAAAUGAGUUUUUGUCUAUCCCAAGCAUCGCAAAUAAUCCUCUAGCUUCUCGAUUAUUUUCAGUUGUUGACGAAGAUGGCGGUGGUGAUGUUGACUUUCAAGAAUUCAUUAAUAGUCUCUCAGUCUUUUCCAUUCAUGGUAAUAAAGAGGAAAAGCUUCGAUUUGCUUUCAAAAUAUAUGACAUUGACCGUGAUGGAUACAUUUCCAAUGGAGAGCUCUUUUUAGUUUUAAAGAUGAUGGUUGGAAACAAUCUUCGCGAAGAUCAGCUUCAACAGAUUGUCGAUAAAACAAUCAUGGAAGUUGAUAAGGAUUGUGAUGGAAAAAUCAGUUUCGAAGAGUUUAAGCAAGUCGUCAGUAACUCCAAUGUCACUAGUAGUAUGACAUUAAACUCUUUUUGA